AUACUAAUAUAGGUUUUCUGAGCUCAGCGUUCACUUUUACUGCAAGGUCCACGUCGCCAUGCGGGGCCAGCUAGUGGACUGCACAGUAAAAACCCCAGUGGCUCUGCAGCUCGGGGAUGCAGUGUCUGAUUCAGUCCGUCCUGGUGUUUAUAUUACUGACAUCGUACUUGCAGAGCCAGUCAAUAUUCAAGAGAUCUCUUUUAAGAACUACUACACAGCUUUUCUGACGGUGCGAGUGCUGAAGAAGGAGUCGGGGAAUGACGAGAGGUUUGCGAAGUGGCUGACUUGUGUCAGAAAUUACAGCCUGAUGUCGAGCCCACACACAGAAGGAGGAUCUCAGGAUUACUUCUCCAUCUACAGACAACAGAUGCUGACCGAGCCGGAUAACGUUCUCACCGUGAGGCUCAUACUGAGGCAGCCUUCUUCAGUCUGGCUCAACUUUAACAUUGAGGACAUCAAACUGUACUCAGUACCACAUGAGGACUCUGAGAGAGAUGUUCCCUCCUGGCUGUCCACCAUCACGUCUGCUGAAGAGCCUCUUGAUACGAAUGGGCUUCCUGACCCGGACUCGGUGUCGUCCAGUAUUCAGCAGAUGUGGGCACUCACAGAAAUCAUGCAGUCCAGCCAGACCUCGGCCUCCAUCGGACGCUUUGAUGUGGACGGAUGUUACGACGUCAAUCUGCUCUCAUACCCGUAACAGGAAGUGAUCGUCUGUACAACAGGAAGCAUGUAAACUGAAGCUGGAACAGUGAGGCACAUUUUAGACAAGGAUAGUGAGGAAGGGGAGGAUUAAUAUGCGUUAGGGCUGGACAGUAUGGCAGAAACAUGAAUGCUGAGUGUUACUUUAUUAAUAGACACUUACUGGCUUCUUAAUUAGGAACACUGGUACACCUGUUUAUUCAUGUAAUGAUCCAGUAUGCAUGCAGUUUGCACGAUAUUAAGCUGUUAAAUAUUAAAUAUAAUUAGCUACAUUAGCCUUGUAUAGGUCUAAAGCACCAAAACUACUGGAAUUAGGGAAAUGUGUGUAUUUAAUAAUGGAUAAACAGUUUUAAGUAAUAUUUUAUUUUAAUAUAAAGUCAUUUAUAUACUCAUUGGCUUCCCGUUGCUCAACGCAUUCAAUUCAAAAUUCUUCUAUUCACUCACAAAGCUCUCCAUAAUCAGGCCCCAUCCUACCUCACCGACCUGCUCCAUCAGCACAUUCCCUCCCGUAGCCUUCGCUCUUCUGAGGCUAACCUACUGUCCAUACCCUCUAGGACCAAGCACCGGACCUGGGGUGACAGGGCCUUUUCCAUAGCUGCUCCAUCUUUAUGGAAUGCUCUCCCCAAACACCUACGAGAUUGUCCUGACCUGUCCAAAUUCAAGUCACUUCUCAAAACUCAUCUAUUCAGAGUGGCAUUUAACUUGUAACAACACAAAAUAAAUGCUUUUAUUUUUGCUAUUCUUUUUAAUAGUUUUUAUACUUAGAUCACGACAGAAAUGUGAAGUCCUAGAUCCUAAAACUUGUAAAGUUUUCAGUUUCCUGAUUGCAUGUAAAUCUGUCCUGUUUCUGUCUAAUUUUAAGAAAUUGUUCUAUAUUUGUUGUUCUCUCUCAUAAUUUAGCUAAUUUUUAAUGAACUGUCUUAUGCUGCUCUCUUUGUUUUUAUCUUAAUUAUUCUUGAUGUUGAUGUACUAUUUUGAUUUUGUACUAUGAUUUG